CGCAAAGAGACCGUCGCGCAGGUGUCCGCGCUCGCGGACGCGAUGACGGAUUCGGUGAACCACGGCGUGGUUGAGGUGUUUGAGAAUCAAAAGCAAGUCGAGUCGUCGGCGCGCGCGCUGAACGAGACGGCGACGGCGUUUCGAGAGCGGUCGAGCGAGUGGGCGACGUCGCUGGAGGCGUUCGAUAAAGAGCUUAGAGAUAUCGGGGAUUUUGAAAAUUGGGUCAAGGCGAUGGAGCACGAUUUGGCGACGUUAGCGGCGGCGUUGGAA